CAGAAUCUCCAGCGAGGACUCGUCGCCCACCAUAUCAACCAUUUUAUAGCAUAUUAAUCCGUUGGAUGUCGUCGACACCGUCGUCCUAUUCCACUAUGGCUGCUUCCCGACCACCUUUGAAGAGUUGGAAGGAAUGCAUAAGACAUUUUACCUGGGCUUGGCACACCGUCAUCAUGGGGACAGGUGUAUUAUCGGGCCUAGCGAACUCAUUCCCAUUCGGCACGGGGAGCACAGUUCUCAAAGUGUUCUUCAUGCUCUUCUUUUGGCUUAACUUUGUGCUGUUCAUUAUUAUCUGCUCCGCCACCAUUGCUCGCUAUGUCUUGUUCCCUGAGGUGUGGGGGAUUAUGUUACGACACCCCGCGCAAAGUAUGUUCAUGGGUGCCUUCCCCAUGGGGGCUGCGACACUCAUUAAUGCUGCCUUGAUCCUCAAUCAGGAGUGGCAUUGGGGCGGUAAGAGCUUCCUAUGGGCCAUCUGGGCUUUCUGGUGGAUGGACCUCCUCGUCUCCUACGCUGUCGCUUUUGGCAUGGUUUUCACAAUGAUGAUCAAGCAGGACCACUCAUUCGAGAAGAUGACUGCUGUCUGGCUCCUUCCUGUUGUGACGCUGAUUGUCGCUUCAUCCUCUGGAGGAAACAUAGCACCGGCUCUACGGGAGCACAAUGAAACCAUAGCCAUCCUCACCUCCGGCUUUUCGUACACCAUGGUCAUCAUUGGGCUCUCGUUAGCCAUAAUGAUGAUCACCGUGUACCUCGCGCGCAUCAUCAUUCAUGGGCCACCCGACACAAGUCUCAUCCUAUCAUCAUUCAUCACUCUUGGUCCCCUCGGCCAGGGUGGAUACUCGCUCCUCCAAUCAGGGCAGGACCUCGCGCAGUUCCUCCCACUCCACAACACCGGCAUGUUCCCUCAGUCCGCACUCGUCGGGCAGAUGAUCUUCGCGGUAUCUUUCUGCGGAGCGUACAUCCUCUGGUCGAUGGGUAUUUGUUGGAUUAUCAUCGCGAUCUGCUCCAUCGUACAUGUCGCGAAAAAGGGGAAGAUUCCGUUCGCUAUGACAUACUGGGGACUUAUCUUCCCGAACGGCGUGUUCGCAAUGCUGACAGUAAAGUUGGCCGACGUACUGGACAGCUAUACAUUCCGCGUAUUCGGCGCCUUCUGGUCAGGAUUGGUUCUCGUCAUCUGGGUAUUUGUGGCUGUAAAGACCAUCCCUGCAAUCAUGGACCGUUCCAUUUUCAAAGCACCCUACUUGUCCGAUGCCAUUGCCACGGAACCUCCCAUGAGGGCGCCAAAGGACAUCGAAAUUGGUAAGGAGAAGCCACUCCCUCCUAUCCAGAUCAAUGGUCAAAUGCAAGACAGGUCCUAUGAAACAAUAGUGCCCAUGAUGCGCCGUUGAACGCGCGUUUGCAAGGCUUUUCACAGAUCAAACUCUAGCAUAGUCUGUCAGCUUCCUAUCCGCACGACUACACAUAAUUCCAUAGACAGUUGUAUUUGUAUGCACGGCAAUGGACGAACACGUUACGUUCUUUAAAACAC